AUGUCUCUUACUUUUUCCAUUGCACACAAUCAAAUCACAAAAAAGGUAUCAUGUCCGAGGUCAAAUACUGUGAACCAGCUAGCCUCGCUUGCAAUUGCUAAAUUCGGCCUCCCCCUGUCGGCAAACGGGACCCUUCUUCACAGUGGCAAAAAGCUAGACGGUCUUUUACCGCUCAGAUUGACGAAUUUGGUCAACAACGCCAAGUUGUUGCUUGAGGUGUCUUCGGCGCUGCGCCCUGUUACUGUGAAAGUCGUGGCUUCAGUUUUGGGAGAGCUGAAACAGAAGAUCAUCAAGACUCAGACUGACAGUACAGUUCAACAGCUACUAGACACAUUUUCAGCCGAAUCGGGAGCACAGAUUGGUGAUAACAGAGUACAAUUGAGUGUUCUUGAUGCUCGUAUUGAGAAUGGGUCGACAGAUUUCACUUCUACGCUGUUGGGUUCGAUUCUAGGUUCAGCUAACAAUGCUGUGAUCAGACUCACUGUGGAAAGCAAGGACGCUCACAGCAAGAGAGAGAAGCUACAGGCGGAGCAGAGGGAAUUGAGGCAGCAGCUAGAAGAGCAUAAACGCCAGGCGAGGUUGCUAGAGAAGAGGCUCAAGGAGGAAGCACAAGAAACUGAGAAACAAGAGGAGCCCAAGGAAGAGGAGGAGGUCGAGCCUGAAUUGAAGGAUGAGGAGGCUGAAGCUAUCGAAGAGCCUGCUGGUCAAGAUGCAAUUGCUGAGAAUCCAGGGAAGGAUGUGGACAUGGAUGUCGAUGAGCCGCAAGAGCCGCUGAGCAAAGCUGAGGAGAUCAAUGCGUUGGAUACAAAGCAGGAAGCUUCUGCGCUGCUGAAUGACUCAUUUCCUCAAACCCCGAGCGAUGAGUCUUUUAAGGUUCAGCACUUUAAGGAGGACACUGUCUACAUUCCCCUGAAUCGCUCACAGCACUAUGAAAACCCAGACAACGACUACAAUUUGACGGUGUCACAGGCUGAAAAGUACUAUGGCAUCAUCAAGUCCAUGCAACAGAACAAAAAGCAACAGCCUAAGGAAGUUGUUCCACCAAAAGCAUACAUUAUCAGGGUCCGUUUCCCUGACAGAGCACUUCUAGACCUCCAGAUCGAGGAUUCUUCAAUGAAACUUGGACAGCUCUUGAAGAAGCUAGACUCCUUUGUCCACGAGAAACACAUCAACACUUACAGGCUCAAGAACGGUGUGCCGCCCUUUGAAGAGAUUGCCAUGGGGUUUGAUGCCAACAACAAGGAGCUUAAACACCACAAAAGCUUUCAAGACGAACGUAUCAUGUUGAUCUGGGAGUCUACCGAUAAAAGUGCCAAAGGACCCUACUUGAAGCUGGACUUGAACACCAGAAACAUUGACGACUUGCCAACGCUUCAAUUGGAAUCCCACAGAGGCCAAUUGGGCGACGAAGAGGAGAAGAGAAGAAAAAGCAUUCUGGAGCUGAAUCAGAGCAAACAGCCCGAAAAGAAAAAGAAGAAUGGCUUACCCAAAUGGUUCAAGCCUGGCAAGUAA